UGCGAUAUGGCUUAUGAUGUGCGAUUGUAUUGCGGCAAAAUAAAGUUUUGUAAUUGUAUUUAUUAUUUAGCAUAAUUUACAUGGAAGUAAUUGACGAAAACGUACUAUUUGGAAAACGUUAAUCGCCGAAGGGAUUAAACGAGGUUUUGAUGUAUAACUGAGAUUAUUAUCGUAAAUUUUAUUGGCUGAGUAAUUGUUUACAGAUUAGCACGUGUUACUGAUUGUUUCCAUGACAUAUCAGUAGCAAUGCAUAUAAAGGGAUUCCUGUAAGGUUUUCCGUAAAAUUCUCUGUUGUUUUUAAUCUCAUCGCUUGUUUUGCUAUACAAUAACUAAUGUUAACUAAUAAGUUGUUAUCGAUUAUUCUAUUUUCCUUGAGUUUAACUUGUCGAGAAGAAUGCGCCGCUAAAUUGAAAAUUGUUCGGAGCCCCGAAUCCCCUAGUCCUGUUGUUAUAGUACCAGGUGAUGGGGGAAGUCAAUUUAAGGCAAAGUUGAAUAAACCAAAUGUAAAACACUAUUUUUGUGACAAAAAAACGAAUUCUUAUUUUACUUUAUGGCUUAACUUAGAGCAAAUGAUUCCUUAUAUACUGGAAUGUUGGGUUGAUAAUAUGAGAUUAGUUUAUAACAAUGUAACAAGAACUACAUCAAAUUCACCUGGUGUUGAUAUUAUCAUUCCUGGAUUUGGUGAAACAUCAACUAUAGAAUAUAUAGAUCCUAGUAGAGCGAAAAUAAGUUCUUAUUUUUAUGAGAUAGUCAACAUACUUACAGCAACAGCUAAUUACACCCGGGGAGUAAAUGUUAGAGGCGCUCCUUAUGAUUUCCGUAAAGCACCCAAUGAACUUAAAGAAUAUUAUGAACGACUUAAACAAUUAAUUGAAGAGACAUAUAAAAUAAAUAAGAAUUUGAGAAUUCUUAUGAUUUGUCACAGUUUAGGUUGUCCAAUUACUUUAUAUUUUCUUAAUAAUCAGACAUUAGCUUGGAAAGAUAAAUAUAUCAAAGCACUUGUGACACUAGCUGCACCAUGGGGUGGUGCAGUAAAAGCUUUAAAAGCUUUUGCAUCUGGUGAUAAUCUUGGAGUUUCUUUACUUGAUUCUCUAACUGUAAGAGGUGAAGAACGAACUAAUCCUAGCACAGCUUUUCUGUUACCUUCAAACCAGUUUUGGAAACAAGAUGAAGUUUUAUCCUAUACGCCUGUUAGUAACUACACUGUUUCAAAUUAUUAUAAAUUUUUUCAAGAUCUUAAAUAUCAAACAGGCUGGGAUAUGUGGCUAGACACUCAUAAAUUAAUUCAUAAUCUUGAAUCACCUGGUGUGGAAAUACAUUGUUUAUAUGGUACAGGUUUACAAACAAUAUCUCAGUUUUAUUAUAAAGAUAUGGAUAGUUUUCCUAAUUCUUAUCCAGAACUUGAGUAUGGAGAUGGUGAUGGAACAGUGAAUGUAAGAAGUUUACGAGGAUGUUUAAGAUGGACAAACAUAUUCUAUAGAGAAUACAAAAGUAUCGAUCACAUGAAAAUCUUACAGCAUCCACCAGUUUUGGAUUACAUUCGUAACCUUGCUGUUGGAAAUUAAUAAUGAAAUUAAAAGAUUUUAAAGUGUUAUUUGGUUAUUACUUUUCCUUUCAACAUUUAAAUAUAUCUACUAGCUUAAAUAAAUAUAUAACUUAUAUAUCUAUAAAAUCUUAUUGAAUAACUAACUUUCAUUACCUU